GCUGUUUGUCAUAGGCAAUUGUCAUUUGUGCCCUGAACUCUCUCAAAAUCCCCGCGCGCACGUUCCUAUCAGCGGAGACGCAAGACUGUAACCGUGGCUAAUAUACCCCGAGGCCAAUGGCCGCUCCCGUUCUGGAAAUUCUCUACCAAAACGAUCUCCAGAGCCAAGACACGCGAUGGUUUACUGCCCACGGCCACGGCCGCGCAAGGCUUCCCCGCGUAUGGCCCUGGGGUCCUGCGUGAGGCCUUAUAACCCGGCUAAGCGAAGGCUGCUUCUUGCAAGAAAGACAUUUCUCGCCCGUCACGGCUGUGUCGUUCUAUACUUAGUCGCCGUGGACCAUUGAAAAGAAAAAGAGCAGAAAUAGAAAAAUUGUAUGAACACCAUGAGUGGCUCUCCGAAGGAGCUGGAGGAAGCCAAGGCGGAGGCAACAAAUGUUGUCGCGCACACUGACUCCAAGUCCAUCAAGGGCGAGGUGAAUCAUAUCCCCCGGGGCGAGACGCAUCGAGGGUUGACCAGCCGCCAUAUCCAAUUCCUGGCGCUGGGAGGAUGUAUUGGAACGGGUCUGUUUGUGGGAUCGGGAGCGACCCUGUCUCUUGUCGGCCCAGCCCCCUUGCUCAUGAGCUAUAUUGCCAUGUCAUCGGUCGUGUGGGCGGUCAUGAACGUGCUGGGUGAAAUGUCUACAUACCUGCCGGUUCAGGGAGUCUCAGUUCCAUAUUUUGUCAACAGGUUUACCGAGCCAAGUUUGGCAUUUGCAGUUGGGUACAAUUACUGGUACUCGUAUUCUAUGUUGAUUGCCUCAGAGGUCACUGCCGCAGCAUUGAUUAUCCAGUACUGGACGACCGAGGUCCCAGUGGCGGCCUGGAUCACGAUCAUUCUUGUCGUGAUCCUGUUUCUGAACGUCGUUGCUGUGUCCUUUUUCGGCGAGGCAGAGUUCUGGUUUGCGUCUAUCAAGAUUAUUGCCAUUGUUGGACUGAUCGUCCUGGGCGUGGUCUUGUUCUUCGGCGGUGGCCCUAACCACGAUCGACUUGGAUUUCGCUACUGGCAGCAUCCCGGUGCAUUUAAUCCACACAUGGUGGGAGGAGAUACCGGCCGAUUCCUUGCAUUCUGGACGGCCUUCAUCAGAUCGGGAUUCUCUUUUAUUUUCUCCCCAGAGCUCAUCACAGCCGCUGCCGGUGAAGCGGUAUCCCCUCGUCGCAACAUUCCCAAGGCGACAAACAGAUUCAUCUACCGUCUCGUCGCCUUCUACGUCCUCGGAUCGCUGGUCAUUGGUGUCACAGUGGCAUACAAUGAUAAGAGUCUCCUGUCAGGUAUUGCGAGUGGUAGUGAAGGCGCCGGUGCCAGUCCAUUCGUCAUCGCGAUCCAAAACGCUGGCAUCAAGGGGUUGAAUCACGUUAUCAACGCCGCUAUCCUCACAUCAGCGUGGUCUUCGGGCAACUCGUGGCUCUUUGCAGGUUCUCGAACGCUGUAUUCCCUGGCUUGUGCAGGUCAGGCACCGAAGAUCUUCGCGCGCUGCAACCGCAAAGGUAUCCCUUACGUCUCGGUGCUGCUCACAUUUGCCAUUGGAUGCAUUUCGUACCUCAACGUGUCUGAUUCCGGAGCAACCGUCUUUUACUGGUUCACUAACAUCACAACCGUUGGAGGUUUUAUCUCCUGGAUUGUCCUCCUGGUCGCUUAUCUGCGGUUCCGCGGGGCAAUGCAGUUUCACGGCAUACUGCACACUCGACCAUUCAAAACCCCCCUCCAGCCAUACAGCACAUACUACGCUCUUUUCAUCGUGUCUCUCCUUGCUCUAACCAACGGCUACGCCGUAUUCUUCCCGGGACAAUUCACUGCGUCCGGGUUCCUGGUCUCAUAUAUCGGCUUCGCUAUCUUCAUUGUUCUCUAUAUCGGCCACAAGGCGUGGUACCGGACGCCAUGGAUGGUGAAGAUAUCAGAGGUAGAUAUUUUUUCCGGAAAGGAUGAGAUGGAUCGGCUGUGCGAGGACGACGUGGAGAGACUGCCCCGAAAUUGGCUAGAGAAGAUCUGGUUCUGGAUCGCGUAAAAGGGCCUUAGACGAUACAUUUUCU